AUGCCUUUUCUCGCCAACACAUUCGCUGCGCUGACUUGCCUUUUGGCUGUCUCGAGCGCUGUACCUACAGCACUACCCCGCGCAAGUGGAAACUGCCCCUCCACUGGAAAAACAACCCGCCAGGAGCCAUCAGCCCUGUACAGCGUAUUCCCCGGCUCGCCCGACGUCGCGAAAAAGUCCGUCGGCUUCAACGUCGCUACGUACAACAACGCAUCCCAGAUCGAGCAGCUCCUCGUCUUCACGGGUAUUCCCGCCGAGGCGAAGAAGUGCACUCUUCGUUGGGCGCAGGGCGAGCAGCCCGAGCGCCUCUUCAUCGUCAAGGGUGGAGAUGCCUUGACUGAGUUCAAGCAGCUUUCUGGCUUCCCCGGCAAGGCCGUUACGUAUAACACCGCGAAGGAGUUUGACACUGCUGGGGAGUCUGUCGGUGCUGCUGAUUUCACCAACUGGGAUGACUUGCCUGCGCAGACCCAUAUCGUUGGUAACAUUGACUGCGAGAGCACCGUCUACCUCAAGGCUGCGCUGCGAAACCCCAACGGCAACACAAAGGUGUUCCUUGAGCAGAGCGACAAGAAUGGUGUGUACAUCGAGUACAGCUGCUAA